CGCAUUGCUUAACUGUUUGCGAUCAUAUACUAGUUUGCUGAUAUCUUGUUUAGAGCCAGCUUUUUGGUAAUUUAACAUUUUUUUACACUUUUACCUUGUCAUACCUGCAGUUUUGAAACACAUUGUUUGGCUGAUUUCAAAUCGAAUAUUUUUUGCCAAUUAUUUUGGAAACUUCUCUUGGGGUUGUUUCCUCUGUCGAUAACUCUUGCAUUAGUAUCAUGGUUAUCUUUUUCCUUAGUUUGUUCAAGUAAUUCGGGAUUUGUGGCAAUCGCUAGGUUUGAGUGUUUUUCAAAAGCUUUUUCUUUUUCUCUCAACAACCCAGAUGCGCAUCAUUUUGUAUCCGAAAGCUUUCACGACUGCUGUUUUAAUAAUAUAUUUUGCAGUUAUAUCCAUACCAUCUUGCAGACUACAUUUGUCGAGUAAUGAGGAUAUCGUCUUUCAGAUAUUAUUGUGACGUCCUUUUUGAAGCUAUGAAGAAUGGUAACCCACUAUGUUAAUAGAAAUAAAGCAUUCUUUGUCAUCUCAUUCUACCAAAUUGUUUCACACUUUUUCUUGCCAACUGACCAGCCAUCAUGUCCAACAACCUUUGUGCCUGGCAUAACUAGUUUCAUAUCUAUGAUACAACAUGCAAUUGUCAUUUCUUCACAGAUCUACUUGACUGUGAAAUUGAUGAUCAUUUCUAAGUAUAUUUCUUAAUUAUUAACACUGAUGUUGAUGAAAAUUCUUUGGUUGCUUUAUUUUGGAAUUGUCGCUUCAAGUUCUAUAAUAUUUGUCCAUCGAGGGAAGAGUGUAUUUACUGUAUUUAUCUGCAGCCUCUAUUCUGCUACUUUUUGUAAUGAAAAUAUCACAUCGAAUAACAUGGAUAGCCGAUUUGCGGAUGAGAAUAACUGAGAUAACCAGUAACCAUGCACGUGCAAAGCGUCUUCAUGACUCUUGGGUCCAGGGAUACCUCAAAUUGGGCUUAAAUAAUCAUAUCUACCCCACCACGUGACAACCAUAUAACAAAAGCAACCAUAUGACAGCAUUCCAAACUUCACUGCUGCUGAUGCCUUGAGGAUUACUGGUGUUGGAAGAAAUGAAUUUAUUGAUAUUAUGAAUAAAUGCAGAUCAAAGAAGAUAAUGUGGAAGCUGAACAAAUCAAUUGCGAAAGAGUUGUUGCCUGCACAACCCGCAGACAUAGCGAUAGAACCAUGGUGGGGGGUUCGGUUUGUCAACUUCACAUUGGAAGAGUUCAAGAAACUUUCAGAAGAAGAGACAUCAGCAAUAGACAAAAUAUGUAAGGAGGAAGUCAAUUCAUAUGUUCUAUUUGACCCUGAGGUUAUAAAUGGUCUUUACAAAAGGGGAGGGGUAUACUACGAUGUACCAGUUUAUCCCGAUGACCGCUUCAGAGUUUCAAGACUUGAAGGUUUUGUUUCAAACAAGGAUCAGUCCUAUGAAGAUCCAAUUGAAGAGCUACUAUAUGCUGUAUUUGUUGUAUCAAGUGAAAAUGCCACAGUUGCUGAAUUGGCUAAAACUUUACAGGCUGACCUUUAUCAACUCCAAUCAGCUGCAUCAUUUGCUUGUAGACUGGGAUGGGCAGUAAAGCUUAUGGAUACAGACUCCGUCCUUAGAGAUUCAAGUACAGCUGCAUUGCCCAUCAACAUUCUUGGUGAUGAUGAUGAUGGUUCACGUACUAGUAUCAACUCAGAAAAGUCUUGUCAAGAAUUGCUCAGCAAUGAUUCCGAUGGACCUAGGAAAAUCUCUGGAACUGCUUAUGUGGGCUUUGUUGUGGAUGCCAACGUAACUUCAUACUUAAUGAUGGGUUCUCUAUCUCCAGGGUUAAAGUCUCAUGCUGUAACGUUGUAUGAAGCUGGAAAACUCGGUUACUCUUGCAUUGCUGAUCUUUGCAAUGAUCUAGCUAGCUUAGAAGGAAAGAAGUUUGAGGGUGUGCUCCAGGAAUUCGCAAAUCAUGCUUUUAGCCUUCGAUGCUUCCUUGAGUGUUUGCUAUCUGGUGGAACUUCACCAACUGAAUCUAGUGAAGGAAACUAUCAGGUCUGCCAUUUGCCAGAUGAUUUGUCGUCGUCUUUAAGCAAGGAAGGCACCGAGGAGGGUGUUGGUAAUGUAAUUGAAAAUGGCGGAGUCUCACAUAAAACUAGAGAUCCUGCCGAUGAUGGCCAAGAUGGUGACAUAUCACAGCAGGAACACACAACGAUUGAUUCAGAUGGAUCUCCACAUUCAACUACUAUAUCCGAAAGAAAGGAAAGCAUAGUAAACAAUGAUUUUGAUGGCAGCCAGACAGUUACUCAAAAAGACAGUAGCCAGACUACAGAACUGGAUGGCUUAGCUGGUAACACCUCUGUGCCAAAGACUAAAAGAAAUUACCGAGUUAACAUUCUUCGCUGUGAGAGCUUAGCUUCAUUGGCCCCAUCAACGCUGGAAAGGCUACUUCUCAGGGACUAUGACAUCGUGGUAUCUAUGAUCCCUCUUCCAUAUUCUUCAGUUAUACCCAGCUCUGCUGGCCCAGUACAUUUCGGUCCGCCUUCUUACUCCUCAAUGACACCUUGGAUGAAGCUUGCAUUGUAUACCUCCGGGAGUUGUGGCCCAAUAUCUGCCAUUUUCAUGAAAGGACAACGUCUGCGGUUGUUGCCUGAACCAUUAGCCAGCUGUGAAAAGGCACUGAUUUGGUCUUGGGAUCACUCUGUGGUGGGUGGACUAGGAGGGAUUUUUGAAGGGAACUUGGUAAAGGGAAGUCUUCUGUUGCAUUACUUAAACUCGAUGACAAAACAUUCUGCCGUGAUAGUGCAGCCACUGAGCAUAAAUGAUCUCGAUGAAACAGGAAACCUCGUAACCAUGGAUGUCCCAUUGCCCCUAAAAGAUGUUGAUGGGUCAAUCGCAUCUGUGAUAGCUGGCACCGACUUGCCUGAGGAGCAAAUGUCAAAUUUGACAUCAUUAUUGGAAGACCUAUCGUUUAAAGUUGAGCUGAGCACAGUUGGGUACCUUCGUCUAGUAAGGCUUCACAGGCUCAGCGAGUCCUUUGAACUUACAGAGAAAGAAAGUUACGAGUGGAUACCUUUGAGCUUGGAAUUUGGAAUUCCCCUGUUCAAUCCAAACCUCUGUGAAAGAAUAUGUGAAAGGGUUUUUGCAUCACAUAUACUUCAGAAAGAUGAUAUCUCUGAACACUAUGAGUCUAUGCAGAACGUGAGAAAAAGGCUGCGAGAACUUUGCACCGAGUACCAAGCAACCGGUCCAACAGCAAGGCUACUUAAUCAGCGGGGAGGAGGCUCGAAGACUUCACCACGUCAACUCAUGAACAUUGUCAGUGGAAGAUGGAGCCCGUUCCAUGAUUCAUUGACACCUACCAAUGGAGGGUCCCCGCAUGAACAUGUCCGACUGAACCUUGGAAGACGGCAGAAAUGCUUUACUGAAGUUCUAAGCUUUGAUGGCAGCAUCCUCAGGUCGCACGCACUCGCUCCUGUUUAUGAGGCUGCUACAAGAUCUGUCACUGAAGAUCAACCAUCACCUUCUGCAGUGAAACUUGAGUCAGAAGAUUCAGGUACCAAGGAUGUGGUCCUACCAGGAGUCAAUCUUAUAUUUGAUGGCGCUGAGCUGCACCCGUUUGACAUAAGUGCUUGCCUCCAAGCUCGCCAACCUAUCUCGCUAAUAGCUGAGGCGUCGGCAGCGUCAUUGGCCAUGAAAUGACAGAUCCAUGUCGCAAAUUUUGUCUACUUCAUGUUAUGUGCAAAAUUGGUUUAUUGCAUAGGACAUUUCUCAGAAGAAGGCAGUUUUUUAAAAGCUUUCUGGGAAUAUAUUGUUAUGCCAGGGUAAUUUUUCUCUAGGCGACAGUGACA